CCGCUGCUGCCGGGGCCGCAGGAUGGGGCGCGUCCUCGGGGGCCUGCGCUGCAUCAAGUACAUGCUGCUCGCCUUCAACCUGCUUUUCUGGUUGGCAGGAUCCGCCGUCAUUGCUUUUGGCCUGUGGCUUCGGUUUGGAGGCAUAGUAAAGGAUUUGUCUUCAGAGGGUAAAACUCCUGAGUAUUUCUACAUGGGCCUAUAUGUGCUUGUUGGAGCAGGUGCCCUGAUGAUGACCGUGGGAUUCUUUGGCUGCUGUGGAGCUGUGCGAGAGUCUCAGUGCCUGCUUGGAUCAUUUUUCACUUGCCUGCUGGUGAUCUUUGCUGCAGAGGUCACCACUGGAGUAUUUGCAUUUAUAGGCAGAGGAAUGGCUAUACGAGAAGUUCAGACCAUGUAUGAAGAAGCAUAUAAUGAUUACCUUAAAGAUAAUGAACAAACUCUCAUUACCUUCCACUCAUCAUUUCUAUGCUGGUGAAAAGAAAGCCCUGAUCAGGUCCAAUCUACAUGCCCAAAGGAGCUCCUAGAACACAAAAACUGUAUAGAUGAGAUUGAGAACGUGAUCAGUGCUAAACUCCAGCUCAUUGGGAUCGUCGGGAUUGGAAUAGCUGGCGUCACGAUCUUUGGCAUGAUAUUCAGCAUGGUCCUCUGCUGUGUGAUCCGUAAUUCAAGAGAUGUAAUGUAAAACUCCACCUGCAUGAUAGCGAAAAUCCAGGACUUUAUAACUAAAUGUCGCAAGAGGCAUCGUCUUACUCAGCUGUUAAAGUGGAAAGGCAUUAAGGUCUAAAAUGAUUUGGUUUCCAGUGUACAUUUGCACAUGUAUGUGAGUGUGGUACAUAGCCUUCCUGUCCUCGUCUUGUCAGACCCAUGUGCAGCUGCACAACAUCUGGUAUGUGCAGGGCAUGCUGAAAGCCCUUCGUUGGGGAUUCCUGCUUCUC